UGUCAUGGCACUCACAUUAGAAAAAAGCUGAACUUCAAAUAGCCUAACCGGUGUCUGUGAAUGUUGUGCUCAUUUACUGCGACCCGUUCAUUAUUGAUCCAGCGCGAGGACGGGAGAGGCUGUGAAGAGGUUUUGAAGAGCUUAUGUAACUACUAAUAUAUCCUAAUAUGAUCGCAAGGACUUUAAUUACGCGCAAGCACUUCUCAUCUUUUCACACUUCAGACUGUCCUCCCCCCCUACUAACACACACAGACACACCCGUAUAAAGGCCAAGCCCCGCGAACUGAAAGCAGGCAUUUGAGACAACCUUCAUCCGUGGGCACUUCGUCAGCCCGGACACAGCCUCCUCCUACCACACCAUCGUAAACGUCUCCAUCCUCAAGUCAGAAUGCCUCCCUACGAGAAAUCCAUGGAAAUUAUGCCUUUCAAGCAAAGGAAGUGCCUGGCAACAAGAAAAGAUGAAGUCUGCAAUAUUCGAUCAAAGUUCCCCAACAAAUUACCGGUAAUUGUGGAGCGAUAUCUUCAGGAGAAAAAGCUUCCCCUACUGGACAAAACCAAAUUUCUUGUCCCAAAUGAGCUGACAUUAGGGCAGUUCCUCAGUCUGCUCAGAAGUAAGAUAGCGCUAGAGGCAUCUCAAGCUCUGUACCUACUGAUCUCAGGAAGGAACAUGUCCUGUUUGUCAACCAGUAUGGGAGAAGUUUAUUCACAGUUCAGAGACCCUGAUGGCUUCCUCUACAUAACCUAUACAUCCCAGGACAUGUUUGGGUGAAAAGAUUCUCCAAAAUGACCACGUGACACACAGAUCACCUCACAUAACUCCAGACUGAUGCCUUUCUGAGAUCAUAACUCACUAUUGCUGCUAAAUGAAGACUCUCACUGUGCUUUAAAAACCACACAGUCCACCAAUCUCACCUGGCCGAGAGGACUCUUCUGACCUCAUUUCUAAGUAGUUUAGAUUUCUUUGAGGCUAAUGUUGAAGUAAGCUUUGAAAGAGGUUACAGCUGAGCCGUGUAAUAUGAAGAACCGAAGAGUGAUGGCACUUGCACUACUCCUCAAGCUGCUCAGUCAUGAGGCUCUGAAUUACGACAAGACACAAAAAAGGACGUCCUGUCCCUCAAAGGACCUGGGAUGUCCUGUUACAAUGAGACAGGGUUUGUUCAAUGCUGUUUCCUCUCCGCGCUCUUUCUGGGAUUGCGCAUCUGUGUUCCUAAAACAAACACAGAGGAGACGAACAAACAAACAACUAUUUGAGUACCUACUCUGGAAUGAAAAUGAGUGCAAACAACACAGUCAUUAUGUACUCAGCUUCAACUGCAAUUUAUCCUCAAUAAAUCAGUUUAGUUCUUUUAA